AGGACUGUUUUCGAGUGCAACCCAGCUGCUGUGAGAUGCAAAAUGAUCGAAGCUGCAUCUCUGAGCGAUACCUAUGGCACGAAGAAGUGAACAAGUACUUAGCAGGUUUAGCGCAAAGUUAUGGCAAUAAAAUCGAAAUUUUCUCCCGUGCCAUUUCGUACGAAGGUCGUGAAAUACAAACGGUUAGAAUCAGUCCCGAUAUACAACGCAAGCGGGAAAAACGUCUCUGCGUCCUGAUAGAUGCCGGAAUUCAUGCCCGAGAGUGGAUUACGGUAUCCGUGGCGCUAUACGUGAUACAACAAUUGGUCGAACGGGAUGCCAUAAACUCGAGAUUACUGCGAAACUUUGACUGGAUCAUAUUGCCACUCCUGAAUCCCGAUGGAUACGAAUAUAGUCGAGAACAUAACAAAAUGUGGCGGAAAACUCGUCGACCGCUCGGAGCGAAUCGAUGCGUCGGAGUGGACUGCAAUCGAAAUUUCAACGUUUCGUGGGGGAUCGGAACUAGUAGAUUCUGCUCGUUACUGUAUCGAGGCGAACGACCAUUCUCCGAGCAAGAAACACAAAACCUAAGGAAUAUUUUCCAGCGACUUCGACCCAACUGUAGAUUCUACCUCUCACUGCAUUCGUAUGCCAAAGCUAUCCUGUAUCCUCGAGCUUAUUCAAGAACGCUCCCACACAACUGGAAACACCAACACGACGUGGCCCAGGCCGGCGCUGAUGCCAUCUUCAGAAUGUGCGGACUAAAGUACCGAUGCGGUAGUGCUUCUUCAUUCCUGAAAAUAUCGGUCGGCGGUUCAAGUAUCGAUUACGCCCACGACAUCGAGAAAGUCCCAUUCGCCCUGGUAAUGGAGAUUGCCAGCAAGGGUUUCCAUCCGGCCGAGCAGAACAUUGCCCGUAUUUGUGAGGAAAGCUGGACCGGAAUCAAGGCGAUGGUGAUGCAGCUGGCCGUCAGUCCGAUUGUUUCUUUCACCCGCAGUAAAACCGCGUGUUAGGAAUUCUGUUAUUACAUUCUAUAUUUCAGUGCCGUCAAAUUCUUAAUUCUCCACAACAGACGAUAGACGCGAAGGGAAUCAUCAUCAAUUUCACUUUUCUGAUAACUAGAACCUUUUGCUUCCGGUGUUGUGUUAUGUUUGCAAAGACUGGAUUAAAUAAUAAAAACAACGAUAAAAAAUGUAAGCUCCCUCUCAUCCGAUGCGCGUCUUGUCUCCGUUACAAUGCGAAAUUCACGCUCACGUCACGUCAUUAUCAAUAAACUAAUACUACUAUAUCUUGUUGCCGAUAGAAAUGGAUGUGUUCUACCGCACUAUAUUUUCUCCCAUAUUUGUUUUGGCAGAAUUGAUCAUUUUCUUUUCUUUUCCGCCCGCUGUUUGACUACAUGUAAUUAGAUUGUUUGUAGUAUCAAGUAUCUGUAGUAUCUUAAACGCUAGAAUGCUAUAUUAUCCUGUCCUUAAAAAGUAGAGGUCCACGCAAAAAAGAACGUUUUACUGCGACUUGGGCGUACCAAACUUCACUUUCAAUCGCUCGUAAUGUUUCUUGUCCUGUGGGGAGAAAGAAAUA